AUCUAUUGCGUGAGCCAUAGGUGCAAGUUUAGCCCAAACCAUCCUAUCGACUGCCUCCCGCCCAACUGUCAGCGAACAUGUUGGCAAUAUCGUCAAUAUCCAGAGCAGUACAGUCCACAAAUUGACUCAGUUUGCCCUGCAUGCGCGGGCAGGCGUUACUGA